AUGGCGAAGCUCUCCGGGGCGGCCGUGUUGCUCCUCGUCGUCGUCCCUCUGAGCAUGUACACAUGCGCCUUGCUCGUGGGCAUCCAGCUCGGGCGGGCGCUAGAGAGGGGGCCGGACAACAGCGGCGGCGUCGAAUUCACCUGGCGAGGAGCCCUCGACUACGUCACCAAGCCGAGGGGUGUGAUCAGCGUGGGCCCGUGGGGUGGAUCCGGCGGGCAGCCGUUCUACAUGCGCGGCGCCAGCGCUCCUCGCCUUCGUAGCAUCAUCCUCUACCAUUCCGGCGCCGUCCACUCCCUCUCCUGCGAGUACACCCUCGCCGGCGACUAUGGGGGGCCGCCGCCCCGAGUGGCUGGUCCGUGGGGCCUCCCGGAUUCCUACGGCUCCAGAGGAGUUCGUACCCAGAUCGACCUGCGUUCAGGGGAGCACAUCACGGCAGUGGAGGGGACGACGGGGCACUUCGCGAACGUCCCCGGCGUGGUGAUCACCUCGCUGACGUUCCGCACCAGCGCCGGCAGGACGUACGGGCCCUACGGCAGCGUGGACGCAGGGUCUCACUACUUCUCCGUGCCGGCGGCGGACGGCGCCUGCAUCGUCGGCUUCUGGGGUCGCUCCGGCUGGCUUGUCGACGCCAUUGGGGUUUACAUGAAGCCUUCUUGCUCAUCAUCAUCAUCAUCAGACACGGCGGCAUACAAGAAGUAUGCAUCCAGACGUCAGGGACGAAAUUAG